GCGGUAGCAUGUGGCGGCCUGGGCGGACUGUGCCGCAGCGGCUGAGAGACGGCGGGCGAUAUUCGCUUCACUAAAUCCAAAUGACAAGAAUUGCCAAGAAAGAAGAAAGAAAUAGACCGCACACAAGAACCAAAAUGCCAGUUUAGUAUCGCAAAAUUUUCCUCACAUCCUAUGGACUGGCGCAUUUUACGACGUGCUAACUAUUAAUAACCGUUGGCAACUUUUCUCCUUCCGCUUCAAGUCACGAGCCGCAGACUCUCUACUACGUAGUAUCUACACUAUCUACCUGCAUGGAGCCCUACGCUUAGGAACUAACAACAAUGUCCACAUUCCAUCCAUUUCCGCGCCUGCCAACCGAGCUGCGCGAGUGCAUCUGGGCCUUUACGAUCGAGCCUCGUGUCGUAGAGGUCCGCGUCGUAGACAUCCGCGUCGCAUCUGACAGCUGGGCAAGAAUUCCGAAGCUGGUCUCGCCCACGCCGGUGCCCGCCAUACUCCAAACCUGCCAAGAAGCUCGUAACAUGGGCCUGUACAAACGGGCCUUCUCCGAGCUCACCGCCACCGCCACCAAGGCCCACGCCGCCGCGGGUGCAGGUGCGGAGUCGCGCUAUGUCUGGCUCAACUUGGACAUCGAUAUGGUCUCUAUCGGGAAAACCCCCUUCGAAGCUUUCGCGCCCGUCGCAUUAUCCAUCAAGCGGCUAAGGUUCGAGCGCGAGAACUCGGACGACUCCUUCUACCACUUUGAAGCAAAGGAGCUCCGGGACUGGGUAAACACGGAGGAAAUCCACGUGGUUUGUGCAGAUGGGAUGGAGGCCUGGCUUGGGGCUUCCCAAGAUCACCCUUGGCCUUGUGCCCUGGAAAACCUGUGGUUUUUUGAUCCGGAUGAUGGCCGGAUGAUGAGGAGCUUUGAGAUGGAGCAGACGAUUGGCGAAGCGCUGGAGAGGACUGGAGGAGUUGUAUAGGUGGAAAAAAACGAAGAGGAUACUGGAGAAGUAUGGGCUGAAAUAGGAUAUGACUACCCUAAUGGUGCUCGUCUCAGCUAACUAGAGCUGUCUCACUGAGGGAAAUCAAUCAAUUGCAUUAAU